AAAUAAAUCAUGUUAGUCAACUGUCAGUAAUAUGUAACUGAACAUUCCACGUGGACGAUGUAAUGGCGAGAGUAUUUCUAAAGACUUGAAUGAUGUAAUGGCGGGAGUAUUUCUAAAGACCUGAACGAUGUACCGACAAGCACUGUUUGAAAAAAAUGCAACAAUCUUCAACGAGUCGCGAAAACAUGCGUCUGUUUCUCUAGUCGCCACCUCUGCGUACAAAAUAGCCUUCCGUACCUUCAGCCCGUCAGCAUUACGCUUUCAAUUUGUUGAAGCGUGGCGCUUUCUGCGACAAUAGGUCACUAGAAGAAUAAACUUGAAGUCAGUCGAGCAUAUUGUAGUAACUGGUGUGGUCAAAAUUUGUUGAAGGUUCACGAAACACAAUGCUCUAUAUGGUGUGAGAUGCCAGGAACAGUACACGCCGUGCUUUUCAUACCGUUGUAUAUCUGAAUAACAAUAGACGCGUGUUAGUUAAUUAUUAAAGCACAUUCUUGGUAAAGCGCAAGAAGCAAAUUAGAAUUAUUCAAGCAACGGGCGCAAUUUAAAGCACACCACAUAUAGCCCGAGGGUAAAAAAUUUGCAGGAUUAAUUAAGCAUAUGGAUUCAUAACUGCAAGAUUUUAAAAUUUUCAUUCUUCGAAAAUUGGAUUCGUUUCAUAAGAUUGGAAAAUUUUCGUUGGCGUUUUUCGUUAAAACUAAUGUAAUUAUUUCAAUUUGUAGAGUAAACUCGUUUGUGUCGUUAUAUAUUUGUGAUGACCAUGCUGCAGUUGGACGUACUAUCAAAACUGGUAUUUUUGGGGUUUUUAUUUCUUUUUAUCCGCCUUUUCAAGCGACCUAGGAAGCAAAUGAAUUUUCCCCCAGGCCCAAGAGGUAUUCCUGUUGUCGGCUACGCACCAUUUUUAGGACUCAAUCCUGGCGUAACAUUUAUGGAAUUGUCAAAAAAGUACGGACCUGUUUUAUCCGUAAAGAUUGGAUCAAAAGUUUGGGUCGUGAUCAACGGAUAUGACGCUAUUUACAAGGCUUUGGUCCAGCAAGGCGGCGUUUUUUCUGGUAAAACCUCAACACAUAUGUUUGAUGUAUUUUCUGGCGGAGGGCACGGAGUUGCGUUCGCCGAUUAUGGAAAGAGCUGGAAACUUCUGCGAGCAUUUGGAAUGAAAACGUUAAGAGGAUUUGGCGUUGGGAGAAAAUCGAUGGAGGAAAGAAUUACGGAGGAAAUUCGCCAUUUAACUCAUGCUAUUGAACAACAAAAUGGAAAGCCAUUAAACUGCAAGAUCGCAAUCUCCAACGCGCUUUCCAAUAUAAUUUGUAGUAUUACAAUGGGAUCAAGAUUUUCAUAUGACGAUAAAAGAUUUGUUGAAAUAGUUGAAAGAUUGAACAAAAUAUCAUCAGACAAACUUGACGGCACGAUAUUCGGAAUUCUUGUUUUCUUUCCUUUGCUGAGAUACCUGCCUGUAUUUUGGACUUCGUAUAACCGCAUUCAUAACAAUUUAAUACAGAUAAGACGUGUUAUGCUGGAAAUUAUUGAAGACCACAAGGAACGUUUCGAUGAGAACGAUAUACGAGACUUUAUUGAUGAAUUUUUGAGGGAAACUAAACUUAAAACCAGCGACAAGAGUGUUUUUAACGAAAAACAACUCUUGCACAACGUGUUAGAUUUGUUUUCUGCUGGAACGGAGACGAGUUCUAGCACCCUGAGAUGGUGCAUUCUGGGUUUUGCACUUUUUCCCGAUUGUCAGAGUCGAAUUGCGGAAGAGGUAGAAAACGUCGUAGGAUUGAAUGGAAUUCCUACGAUGAAUCACAAAGAGCGUAUGCCGUAUACACGUGCAUUCAUCCAAGAGGUUAUGAGGCACAGAACAAUGCUGCCUCUAGCAUUACCACAUAAGACGACAUCAAAUACUUCAGUAAAUGGAUAUGACAUUCCAAAAGACACUCCAAUAAUGCCCAACAUCUGGUCGGUCCACUUCGAUGCCGAAUAUUUUGGAGAUCCAGAAAAAUUUCGACCUGAAAGAUUCAUCAAAUCAGGAGAAUUUGUCCCCUGUAAUCACGUGAUACCAUUUUCAGUUGGACCUCGUAUUUGUCUCGGGGAGCAACUCGCAAGAAUGGAACUGUUUUUAUUUGUUACGAGCAUUGUUCAGAAAUUUAAAAUCAUCCCUGACUCUAAUCAUCCGUUGCCAAACUUUAGUGAUGGUUUAUUUGGUGUUGUUUAUGGUUCACACGAUUUUUCAGUAAGAUUUCUGAUUAGAUAACUCUCAACUAGUAAGUUCUGGCAACUGAAAAUCCUCUUCGGUAAAAAAAAAUUUUCGAAUUAUUAAACAUUUUCGCAUUUUUAAUGUUAUGGAAGAUAUGUAAUAGAGAUGAGGAGCAUCAGAUUUAUUAAUUACAAUUCAAUUCCAUGUAUAUUUGGUAGAGAUUGAAGUGGUAAAAUUGAAUGGCGUAAAAGUGGAACGAACCCCUAAUUAUUUGUUGGGAACAAUCACACUAUAGGCUUCACGAAUGCCCAUACUGAGCUUGUGAGUGUGUUCGCAAGCUGAUUCUCGCUUUCGUGGCCAUGAUUCGGCACUCCUCAGUGCAAUGAAGCUGUUAGCAACGCGAGUAGUGGAACAUUUGUACAGCAAUGGACC